AUGGCUCUAAAAGGACAAGAAGAUUAUAUUUAUCUUUUCAAGGAUUCGUCACAUCCAGUGGAUUUUCUGGAUGCAUUCAGAACAUUUUAUUUGGAUGGAUUAUUUACUGAUAUUACCCUUCAGUGUCCUUCAGGCAUAAUCUUCCAUUGUCACCGAGCUGUUUUAGCUGCUUGCAGCAAUUAUUUUAAGGCAAUGUUCACAGCUGACAUGAAAGAAAAAUUUAAAAACAAAAUAAAACUCUCUGGUAUCCACCAUGAUAUUCUGGAAGGCCUUGUAAAUUAUGCAUACACUUCCCAAAUUGAAAUAACUAAAAGAAACGUUCAGAGCCUGCUUGAAGCAGCCGAUUUGCUACAGUUCCUUUCAGUAAAGAAGGCCUGUGAGCAGUUUUUGGUAAGGCACCUGGAUAUUGAUAAUUGUAUUGGAAUGCAUUCCUUUGCAGAAUUUCAUGUGUGUCCAGAACUGGAGAAGGAAUCACGAAGAAUUCUAUGUUCAAGGUUUAAGGAAGUAUGGCAACAAGAAGAAUUUCUGGAAAUCAGCCUGGAGAAGUUUCUUUUUAUCUUGUCCAGAAAGAAUCUCAGUGUUUGGAAAGAAGAAGCUAUCAUAGAGCCAGUUAUUAAAUGGACUGCUCAUGAUGUAGAAAAUCGAAUUGAAUGCCUGUAUAAUCUGCUAAGCUAUAUCAAUGUAGAUAUAGAUCCAGUGUAUUUAAAAACAGCUUUAGGCCUUCAAAGAAGCUGCCUACUAACAGAAAAUAAGAUACGAUCUUUAAUAUACAAUGCUUUGAAUCCUGUGCAUAAAGAGAUUUCCCAGAGGUCCACAGCCACCAUGUAUAUCGUUGGAGGCUAUUACUGGCAUCCUCUAUCCGAGGUUCACAUAUGGGAUCCUUUGACGAAUGUUUGGAUUCAGGGAGCAGAAAUACCAGAUUAUACUAGGGAGAGCUAUGGUGUUACAUGUUUAGGACCCAACAUUUAUGUAACUGGGGGUUACAGGACAGAUAACAUAGAAGCUCUUGACACGGUGUGGAUCUAUAACAGUGAAAGUGAUGAAUGGACAGAAGGUUUGCCAAUGCUCAAUGCUAGGUAUUACCACUGUGCAGUCACCUUAGGUGGCUGUGUUUAUGCUUUAGGUGGUUACAGAAAAGGGGCUCCAGCAGAAGAGGCCGAGUUCUAUGAUCCAUUAAAAGAGAAAUGGAUUCCUAUCGCAAACAUGAUUAAAGGCGUGGGAAAUGCUACUGCCUGUGUCUUACAUGAAGUUAUCUACAUCAUUGGCGGCCACUGCGGCUACAGAGGAAGCUGUACCUAUGACAAGGUUCAGAGCUACAAUUCAGAUAUCAAUGAAUGGAGCCUCAUCACCUCCAGUCCACAUCCAGAAUAUGGAUUGUGUUCAGUUCCAUUUGAAAAUAAGCUCUAUCUAGUUGGCGGACAAACUACAAUCACAGAGUGCUAUGACCCUGAACAAAAUGAGUGGAGAGAAAUAGCUCCCAUGAUGGAAAGGAGGAUGGAGUGUGGUGCCGUCAUCAUGAAUGGAUGUAUUUAUGUCACUGGAGGAUAUUCCUACUCAAAGGGAACGUAUCUUCAGAGCAUUGAGAAAUACGAUCCAGAUCUUAAUAAGUGGGAAAUAGUGGGUAAUCUUCCAAGUGCCAUGCGGUCCCAUGGCUGUGUUUGUGUGUAUAAUGUCUGA